AUGUCUACUGCCCAACCCGCCAGAACUUCAUCGACGGCUGCUACGGCCACAGCCAAUGCCAUCGCUUCAAGCGUACCAUCAAGGCCCGCCACAUCUACAGCUCCGGUAGUCUCAUCGCCUGCGGUUACUGCUAACACCGCUGCACCUUUGGUAAGUCUCUCAAACGCCGCUGCGGAACCAGUGGUUAUACACGCCGCCUCAGCCCCAAUCGCCACGUUCGCCCCCGCAAUGGUUACACCAGCUGCCAACGCCGUCGCAGCUGCACCAGACAAAUCAACCACUCCACUUAUUUCAAAUGCCGCCACAGCUAUGAUCAUCCCGCCGAUCGCCACAAGCUUUAUUGAAAAUACCACCACUUCGUCAGCUAUUGCCAUGCCGAUUGCACACAACGGCGUAGCCGCAUACACCCUCAAUACCGCCGCCACGUCUAGGUCAGCCAGUUUAGAAAACGAACAUAGCUUCCCACAACAGGUGAGUUUUUUAAUUGAAAAAAUAAAAUCGUUAGAAAAUCAACUUCGAGAAACACAAGUGCUGGUAAGCAACAACAACCAACGUCGAACGUUCGAUGAAAGCACCCGUUAUAACGGGCAGCCCGUCGAGCAUAUUGUGCCAAACAGCCUAUGCAAUAUCACGCCACAUGUACAGCUAAGUGGCACCGGUACUGUACAAUCAUCGUCUUUGCCAUUUGGUUCGCCUGCGCAUGUGUAUACAGUAGCCUCACAGCCCGCAACAACAACAUUGCCCAACCUUAACUACGGCUACCAGCCAAAUAUGCCGCGUAAAAUUCAAGAUUUGCCCGAAUUUAGCGGACAUGCGGAAGACUGGCCAUUGUUUUCCAACGCGUUCAUCCAAUCAACUGCCGCCUAUGGUUACACUAACCUUGAAAAUAAUCAACGUCUGUUGAAAUGUUUGAAAGGUGAAGCCAGGGAAGUGGUUAAAUCGUUGCUAAUCCAUCCGGAUAACGUAGCCAGUGUUAUGGAGCAGCUACAGUUUCGAUUUGGUCGACCGGAGUCGUUGAUACGCAGCCAGCUUCAACUAGUUAAAGAAAUUAAUCCGAUUUCCGAGUCCGCCAUUGAAAAACUUAUACCCUUCGCAACAAAAACAAAAAAUCUAUCUGUUUUCCUGCAGUCGGUGAAUGGAGUACAGCACCUGUCAAACCCAACGUUACUAGAGGAGCUGAUUAGCAAGCUUCCUAUUAGCAAACGAAUGGAUUGGGCAAGACAUGCCGCCGCGAUUAAGCCGUACCCUACUGUUGUCGACUUCAGCAACUGGCUCAGCGACUUGGCAAAUUUGGUUUGUACAUUGCAACAAAGUGAUAGUCGUCGGCGAGUAGUACUGCACGCCACGGAAAAUGGACCGAAGGAAUCCCAACUCUCUGGUAAGUGCCCAAUAUGUAAGGGACAGCACAAAAUCCAUGUAUGCCGAAAAUUUGUUGAUUCCUGCGUGACUGAUCGAUGGGCUCACAUAAAGCAAAACCGACUGUGUUUCUCGUGCUUGAGAAGCGGCCAUUCGUCGCGUGAUUGUCGUAGUCGCACGCUGUGCAUGAUCGAUGGUUGUCAACGCAAGCACAACAGACUUCUGCAUGAGCCUAACAAGGCCACCAGCGCUACGCCUGCAUCACAAAGCGGAAAGCAGAUGGUUGGUACCACUAACGUAAUGGAGUCAAUGUUGAGCUGUUCCUCCGAUGUAGCCAAUCGACAGGGGCUCUUGUUCCCCGUCUUGCCAGUAACGUUAUAUGGGCCGCGUAAACAAGUCGAUACAUUUGCGAUGUUUAAUGAAGGGUCCUCUAUCACGAUGAUGGACAGAAGUCUCUCGAAAGAGCUGGGUAUAAAUGGAAAGGAGUACAACUUGAAUAUGCAGUGGUUUGGAGGAAGAACUGCCCAGGAGGCCGCCACAGUAGUAAAUCUCGAAAUUAGCGGAAAAGGAUUACGUAAGCGUCGCAGGUUACGUCGCGUCUUCGUUUUGCCGAACCUAAAUCUGCCAGUGCAAAGUCUGAAUAGCAAUGACUUACGCGGAUUGGUUACCCGCGAAUUGCCAAACAUGCCUACCCCGUUCUCCAACGUCACCCCGAUGAUACUCAUUGGGCUAGAUCAUUGCCGCUUAGGUUUGCCAUCCGUCACAAUGCAGCUUGAAGAUAGAGGGCCAUAUGUAGCCAACACGGAGCUCGGCUGGGUAGUUUUUGGGCCGACUGGACAGAGAGUAGCGCCAAAUGCAGCGUGUUUACUUGUCAAGGAGGUGAGUGAUUUGCAUAAUUUAGUCCAAGAAUAUUUUGAUAUCGAAAGUUUCGGGGUGCGGCGCGCACCAGCCUUAAAAAGUCAUGCAGAUGCCCGCGCGGAACGCAUACUUAAGUAA